CUUGCGUGAAUCUACACUGAUCCAAAGAGAAAUAGCAGUUGUUUUUCCUUAAUUUAAAUAAUGCAAAUGGAAGCGUAUUUCAGAACGGAUGUUAGACACUGCAUGACAAAGCGUCUCCACGUUUGUGGUCUAUGUGUGCAAGACCUAUGCAGAACCGUAGCCAAUAUUUAUAGAACCACUUCUGAUCGUGUUUCUAUGCCUUGUCUUUCUGAUUUGAACACGAAGCAAAGAGAAAUUCGUGACAGUUGUACCUGACUUGCAAAUGUUUCCAAAAUAUACUUACACGCCAAAAAUGCUAAGGUAUAAAUUUUGAUGCUUAUAAUUUUGGUCUUCAUGUCCUCUUCGUUUGGAUUAGCAUGAAUAUUUGAGAAAGCUAGUUCCAAAUAUCGAGGUUUUCUUUUAAUUGCGGUAAAGAGUGGGUCAGCAUCAAAUAAAAAGCCAUGGAUUAUAAUAAAUUUGGCCUUUUGUACUGCAUAUAUCAAUGUGACACGAAAUGGCUGAACCACCGCACUGGCGAGGUAGUUUUUCUUUCAUGGUUUGUGGCGAUUGAGGUGCGGAUUGAAAAUAUCUUGAGAAAGUUAAAUUCAGCAAAGAGAAUACACGUAUCUACUUAACAAGCAACCUUCACAUCAACGAAAUGAUGAUCUAGUUAUCAAGUUGUCUGGUGUUGUAAAACUCAUUAUGAAAAUUCUGUUUAUCUUGCAAAAGUACAUUAUGCAAAGGUAUAUUAAAACAUUAUCUGGCGUUUACACUCAGAGGAGUGUCGGACGAAAAGUACCCCAGUAUGGUGUUUUCCGCCUUUCGGUUCUAUUUUCAAAUGAAUUAUAUAGUAGUUAGGCACAUAAAUGAAACGCGUAUAGUGUGUAAAAAUGAUCGAUUAAAUUUGUUUUUGCAAUUUCCAAUUUAUGGUACUCGAUGUUAGGCCAAAAAUCUAGUGAAACCAAGCUCCCGUCUUCUACUACUAACUGCUAUUGAAGUAUUAUGGUAUCAAGCAACGGCGCAGUUGACCCAUACAGGGCCUUUUGACGGCAAUGAAUGCCAGCUUAAUGUCGUUGCAUCAUUGGCAAGGAUUCCUUGUACUUAAUUCCCCUUGUCCAUGGCAUUACGUUAAUCCCAGUGAAAGAUUCCAGCAUAGACUUAUCCUGAAUCAUUUCCCUGACUAACAAAUUUUUUGCUUGAACCGACUUCAUGGCAUUUGGACUGGUCGCGAAUCCGCUUGCGAUGUAUGCGAAAGCAGCGGCUUAGUUCAAUGAGAUCCAGGGGGUUUGCAGGCCCAAUUUGCGCUCAAGGGGGUUUGCAGGUCCAAUUCGCUGAGAAAGUAGAAGAUCCACCCGUUUUUGCCGACAUUUUCGAAAAUUUCCCGAUGAAGCAUCCGGUCUUCUAUUUCUACUUAAAGGAACCACUCUUCUUUGACCACAGACACAGCCGCGAAGAAAUAGAAAUUUGAGGUGCCUCGACGAACUGUGAUUAGAGUUAUGCGGUCCUUUUGUAGCACUGAGGUCAUUGGGCUGAGUUCAAUUUAUUAUGUUACGAUGUGAGAUGUCUUGGGAAAUAUUAUUUAUCUAAUAAACGAAAACGAUUUAUAGCUGGAGCUGCUUGAAAAAUAAAUGGAAAUUUAUCUGUCCUCGCUUUUAAUUGAUUACAUCAGGCUAAAACGGACAUAGUUAAUUUUCCCCCUCAUUUUCCAUAUCAAGCAUAAAUGAAUUGAAACUUCAAGCACAUUGUCAAAUAUGCUGUCUUCAAAAUUACUUUUCCAGGCUGGAUAUGGUAAAAUCUUGUACCUGAGAUAGUUAUCAUUUUAUCCGUCACCCAAAAAUUGUAGAUUAAACGUUUCUAUCAGAGAUAAAGGAACAUGGAUCUCUGUGCUGGUCCGAAAAAAAUCUUAGUUGCUGGUUGUUGCCGGCGAUAUAAACAAAAAUGGAACUGAUGAGAUAUCUUUAUUUUCUAAUACAUAUUCAUAUGCGUAUACUUCCCCGCAGCUAAGCAACUAACUCCGAGGUCAAGUGCCGAAGCGAUUCAUUAAAAUGCCUGUCAGUGUCAACGCAUUGGUUGGCAGGAAAAAGGACUGGGCCCCACCCUAUUCCCAGGACUCGAUCGUUUCAACACUGGCUGAUUGUUAGUUCACAAGUCCAGAAAAAACCGGGUGUCGUGUGGAAUUGAAAUGACUACUGUUGGAGCAAAACUAUAGCUGAUUGAUUCAAAACAAUAAAUGUACCGUUGAUAUGUUAUUUAGAAGAAAGGUCAAUGCAAUGAAAAUAAUCAGUUCAAUUGGUUUUGCAAAGUGCUUGAUCAGGUUCUAUAACACAACGGGCCCCCCAUAUAACGGGCCCCCAUACAACGGGCACCUCUAAACAACGGACACCUCUCAACAACGAACCGAUAUUUUCCCAGGAUGGUCAAAACGCUUUUAAUAGUAGCCCCUUUACAACGGACACCUAUGCAACAGACACCUCUAUACAACGGACACUUCUAUACAACGGACACCUCUAUACAACGGACACAACUUAGCAAAGGACAAUUACACUGGUCUGAACUGUGUCCUUUUUUGGAGGCUCCACUGUGCACGUUUUUUAUUACAAUAAUCUAGCUCGGGGUCAAGAUAUAAAGGUUUUUAACUCAUGACGCAGUUUGUAUACUCAAAAGCUUCUUCAUUUCAUAAAAAGAUAUCGCACUCAAAACAUUAUCGAGGAUUGUAAGCAUUUUUAAUUAUAAUAGAUGUUAUAGUUUGAAAAAGUUGGUGUUGAGAGUUGCUUCACAUCUGUUUUUGCGUCGCAGUUCUACAUAGUCUUCAUUUUGUUCUUUGAAAAGAAUGGGGUACAUUCCUAUUUUAUUGUAAAACACUACAAGUACACUGAUCUCGAUUUGCGACAAAAUAGAUGAAUAUUAGAUGAUAUGCAAUGUUUUUGAAAACUUUUUUCUUAUGUUUAUAAGAAGCCAUGCUACUAAAAACAGUUUAUAGUAUGUAAAGUCAAAAUUGAAAGGAGGACAACGUUAAAAGCACCCAUGCCUGAAUUUACUCAAAGAUAAAAACGUCGAGCCUCAUCCGCUUCUUCAAGAAAAUCGCAGUAUACUGGUUGAGCUUUUUUUUGAACAAGAUACUGAUUCAAAUUCCCCGUUUUUCUUAAAAGGCGUUUAUUUUUCAGAACUUGAAAACGGUGUGUUUAGUACAUUGUCAGAAGUGGCACAGAAUUUCCCGGUGUUUCUUAACUUUAUCGUUGUAGAAAUUGGAGUAUAAUUAUUCUUGGGGUGUACUAUUCGAGCAUAUUAGGUACUAUAAGACGAUAUCUUUUCUAUUAACUAUUACAAACUUUUUAAGUUUUCUUACAAACCGGCUCCUUUAAAAAACGCGCGAGCUUUGUCAGGCGUAACAACCGGUAACUCUGCAAGCGGCCCAUUUAUAGCUCUAAAAAUUAUAUCCAAGAGGAGAAAUCUCGAAGAACUUUUGCAAUAAACGACCAAAUAAAAUAGAAGCUUAACACUUUAUUAUCAGAGUAAAAUUCUAUUUGAUCGCCUUAGGACCAGAAACAAAAGCUGGAUGAAUUCUCUGUUUUUUCUCGAUGUAAGUUGAGACCCGGCCUUUUAACGGAGAAGUGAUAAAAAUUUUCUACGACUUCUUUGACGAUGUCACGUUUGUGUCCAUUCAAACCAUUCAGAUAUUACCGGAAAUAUCAUAAAAUCGAACAGGUGCGCCGUAAUUGUCUAGAGCACAAAGGGAGAAUGAAGCAUGAUUCCCCUUAUCAUUGUUGUCAUGUGAUGUUUGGUUGCGGUUUUCCAAGGGAUCUGGGCUCGGCUCACUGCUCCAUUUUCCUAGACAGACGGGGGAUUGGUAAAUAGGUGCAUAUGUUUUCUGUAAGGAAACCUCCUGUUGGGCCCUUACUGACUUUUUUUAUAUGGUGAUGUAUCGCCUGAAUUUGCAAUUAAGUAAUUGGCAGUAGCUAGUGAGGGGGAAGCAAGAGGGGACGCCCCCCAAAUAGCAAAAAAUCUCUUUGCAACUCACAUUUGCCACCCAACCUUAACAUCCUGGCUACGCUUCUGGUUAUUGGGGGCUGCCUUUUAAUAUCGUUGCGUAGAUGAAGCUUGCCUUACAUUCAAGCGCUUUUUUUAAUAAGUUAGCCUGGUUGUCUUUAAUAACUUAGGCCUGAGAUAGCAAUUACAAGCUUACAGUUUGACACCAACAGAUUUAUGCCAGAUUAUGGAAACUUUCAGAAAACUUGACCCCUUUGGCCCUGUUGACAGACAUCAAUGUUAGUAAAUAUCUAAAAGUGCCCUUAUGAAGCAAACAUGUAGAUUUGCUUUUUUAUCUAUACUGAGAUGAUUGCACCAAUAUAAUUUUAGAUAUAUUUCACGCAUUGCUGUCUGAGUUUAUUGCCGCUUGGCAAAAUUGCUGUAGCUACGCAUAGGAUGAGGGCGACAUUUUUUAGGCUUCAUUUGUUGGCACAGAUAAACCCAAGUACUGAGCUGAGGUGGGAAUAGAGCAAAACCAUUAGGCUAAUCUAGAGCGUACUCGAUGACUUGAUCGGGCGUGGUACGGCAUAAUGUUCUGAUACAUAAUCCCAGUUACUGGUCUCUACUUUUUGUGCAUUGGCAACGCCCUCAAGAGGUCCCCUAUGUAGACCAUAUAAUCAUGUAAGCCCUUUCAUAGGACCUCUCGUCCAAGGAGUCACAGGCAAGUCGGCCACUUCUAUUUCGAAACUGACGAGCUCUUUAUUUACUAGAGGGAAUCGUGUCAAUGGAGAAGGUGCUCCUAGAGAAGCGCCUUGAUCUGCAUACUGUAUGAAGGUAGCAUGUCGGAGAAGAAAGCUUUUGAUUUCUAAAUCUAAAUUCUAAAGAGUUUUGCUUUUUACCCCAUGAGUGAUUUUGCCUCACUCGAUUACAAUAAAGUGAGACAUCUAGUGACUUCGUUGCUCAUAUAUCAUUGACUCAAUGCCUUCAAUCUCAGUUCGAGACACCUGUUUCAAAAUGUAGUUUCAUUUUAACAGUGACUUGAGCCUUUGUUUUUGUCUCUAGAAAAAUUUUAUCUACCUUAUGAAAGUUUUUGGAACUCCAUCUCCAUUUGCCGGGUCUUUUAAUGAUUUAAAGGUAUCAUUCUUCCAUUCCAAUUGUUUUGAAAGCGCUGAGAGCAGAGGCCUAAAGUGUUACAGCGGGUCUAGGGUUGUAUUGCUAAGAGGGGAAACUCACAAUUAUUGCUAAUAAACAAAAGCAAGAUGUAAAGGGUUACUUUUGGUAUUAACAAGGGACAAUGAGUUCCCUUGGCUCUACCCCUUUCUUGGUAAAAUUUCGAUCCUGUCUCUUGUUAAAGCUCUCUGUUUGGAAUACCGGGAGGUUUUUAUACCUGCCCAUUAAAGAUUUCUCACUCCUUAGAGAGAAUGUUUAUGAGACCUUUAGCUGAUUUUUUUUAUUAUUCAUACAAAUAUUUUGACAUCAGACUAUAUAGACUAUGUUUUUUUGCUUGAUGAACCUUCAAACAUUAUUGCGAUCAGGUCCCACGCAGUAUGUUUUCAGUAUACAGCCAUUGAGGUAUUGUCCUCUGUAAUUGUUGAUAGAUGAUAACCUCGUAAAUCCUUUAGUGCUCAUCCCCCGUUCGCCGCGCGCUGUAGUCUCUUAAACGGAAACAGGCUCACAGGAUGACACUUGCUCUUUAUCGAUGUUAUCCAAUUCAUUCUGUGAAAACAAUGGCGCACAGGUGAAUCACAAUUCGGCUUUAUACUGGAGGAAUUCCUGCGGCUAACACAAUAAUCUACGGUGUAGUCACCUGCUACCAAAGUAUCACGGAUUUAUUAUCUUUGAUCGGUUUCAAUGUUUCCUUGAAAGCACAUCAAUCUGUGCUGAACAAUAAGCAGAUUCAAAGGCGCACUUUACUUUCAUUUCCAACGACAGCCGUAUUGCUGCUUUCGUAAAAAGCAAACAGAUUCCAGUGGAGAGCUCAGGAAUGUUCACCAGCAGGUUGAAAUACAAACAGCGUUGUUCUUAAAUGUUUAUAGAGGGCAGUGUGUCGAAAGUUCGCACAAUGCUCCCACAACGCAAGAUUGCAUAUUAUAACCGUAGCGUUCAGGUUAAAAGAACUCAUUAUUCAUGGAUUGGUGUUUAGGACUUGCUUUUUUAAUUAGCUGUGCGCACCCGACCAAAGAAAGAAGUAGACUGGGAAGUGUUGUGCGAAGCCAGAGCUGGAGUGCACCUGGUGAUUUGUUCAUUUGCUUUUAUUAGACGGUUAUUGAAUUUACAAUGCCGAGAUCGUUUUUAAUCAAGAAAAUCGCUGGCCUAAAGCAAGAGAGCAAUCAACGCCUACCGACCGAUCAAGAUUAUGAUUGCUGCGAAGAGGGAAAUGAAGGUGGAAAUACACGAAGAAGGGAAGCAAUUCAGCUAAAACCAGUAUCGAGCUGGAUCCACUCACCUCCGGUAAUCAUAGAGAAGUCCGAAGCACCGACACUUUGCCAAUCACGCUCCCCUGAUGAUGGAAUAUGUUGUAAGAAAAAAAAGAACGUGGCAAGUAUGCAAAGUGGUUUGGAAUAUUGCCGCAACGACAAAUCAUAUGAAGGCCUGGUCAGCAACGAGAAUGCUGCCAAAAACCAUGUACUGAAAUCGAGGCCCGACGAUUACAGACCUAUCUUUUUAGGGAACCUCGAAUCAUAUUCCAAUUCGAUGUCGUUCGCUCAAAACGCCCCAGAUUUUCCUGAUUUGCUGUACGGGAGUGAUAGUGUAAAGCAUGCUGCUAAAAGAAGCGAUGUUGCAGUUAGAGAGGAAACCUUGAAACGCAAAAGAGAUGAAGAGCAUGAAGAUGAUGGGCACUAUUCUAAAAGGUCUAUUCUCGCAUCGACAGCAGAUAGACCGCUGUAUUUUCCUUCAGGGAGUAAGGACGCUGAUAAAACUUACGAAACAGUUGUUAACAAGAGAGACCAUGAUUCCCUUACUAUUAAAGAAGGUAUGCAAGACAAUCAAUCGCACAAGUUGCCAUGCCACAAUCGGUUUUCGGCACGUAUUGGUGCUGUUUCGCCAACUUACGCAGCAUUGUCUCCUCGCCAUGUAUCACGUGAUAAAAAACAUGAUACAGUCUCACGCGGAUACGAAACGUUCGACCCAGGGGUUUCCAACCUGCACUGUCGACGCUCUUUGUCUUCCACCAAUUCAGUGCCAUCCGUGUCUCCAUUGUCACCACUGUCACCAAUAUCCCCAUUCAGUCCUACGGCACCAAUCCCAAUGUACUUGCCUCUGUCAAAUUCUUCUUGCAGCAGUCUACACUUCCAGUAUCAUGGGUGCUCAUUUCCAAGCCCAUGUUGUCAGAAAUAUCCUCUCUGUUACCCGCCGCAGCUACUGGGUUUUCGCUCUGAAACGAAUCCCGUCACUUGCCUGUUAAACGCAAAACCAAAUGGCUACGUGUUUUCAAAGCGAGAUGAAAAUAGCUGGAGUUCUCCUGAGAAAGUUGCAAGAGAUUAUGAGACCAUGGAACUUGUGCGAGACGUCGAAACCGAAGACUGUAAUACUUCGAAGGAAUUUGAAUAUCGGCAAGUUGAAGCCAAACGGGCUAACAGAAGAAAAUCAAGAAAGAGCCAGAACGAUGACGGCACGCUUCCAAAAAUUGACGAAAAUGACUCUGGAGCAGUAUCUAGCAAACAUGCUCAAAAUCGUGUGGUAACAGUUACGGAACAUGAUUCUGAUCCCAGUAGAGAAGGGUCUGGGGAGGAGAGUAGCAAUGUUCCGGAUGAUAAUCCGGUGCUCUCUGACGAAGAGGAUAAACAAAAAAUUGGUAAAAGAAAGUUUACUUGCAAAUUCUGUGGGAAAAUUUAUGUCUCCCUUGGGGCAUUGAAAAUGCACAUACGCACUCAUACGCUCCCUUGUAAGUGCAACAUAUGCGGAAAGGCAUUCAGCAGGCCAUGGCUUCUCCAAGGCCAUAUUAGAACCCAUACUGGAGAAAAGCCCUAUAAAUGUCAUAUGUGCCAAAGGGCUUUUGCUGACCGGUCAAACCUGAGGGCACACUUGCAAACACAUUCAGAUGUAAAGAAAUACAGCUGCAGGACGUGUCAUAAGACGUUUUCGAGGAUGUCCCUGUUGGUUAAACACGAGGAGGCCGGUUGUUUGGUUUCAUGAACGGAUUGAAAUUUUUUAAGAAAUAUCAAGCUUUUUGUAUUCUAUAUGGUGUUUUUAGUCAGAUAAAUCUAUUUUUCUAGAUAAGAAUAGACUCGCACAACUCUUCCAUACUCUGACUAGCAAUCAUAAAUAGCGUUUAUUGAUAUCUUUUUAUAUAUAUUUGGCCCAAAGUUUUCUACCCAUAUAACGGGAAGCCUUAGAUUUGAGUUCGAUUUCUUAGAAAGAAGGUCUUGUAAGCUUUUAUCUUACAAGUAUUCCUCCCUAAGUCCAUUGUAAAUUAGUGAAAUGUCUCGUUACUUCCUUCAGAUCCCAUUUCGUUCUUGAUAAUGAGAUAAAUAAUAUUUUCUAUAUCUGAUCACAAUCUUUGAUUUAAGAAUUUUGUAGUUAUAGUUUUGGUGUAAAUAUCUUUUAAAAUUUUCUUGUAUGUUGUUGUAUUAAUAUCGAUUUGAAGAUGUAUUUUGUGAGCUUUUCAUAGUUUUAUAAUCAUAGAUACUGCAAAUUUACAAGUGCUUUUAAACAACUGAAAUCUCUUCUCUA